AACCUACACAAUUGAAAUGUGGUGCUUGAGAAGAGUUCUACAGAUAACACAGGCCACCCAAGACAAAUAGGUCCUGGGGCAAAUCAGACAUAGACUUAGUCAAAAUAAUUAAACUGAGAGUGUAGUAGUAGUAGUAGUAGUAGUAGUAAUGAAUGUAUUACCUACGUCUUAUUACAACCCGAGGCAGGAUACAACAUCAUUAAAACAAAGAGAUAAAACUCUGUUAAAAGGCAUACAACAAGACACACAGAAUUAAAAAACAAGUUAACAUCCACUGAUAAAAUCCAGAUUAAAAUACAGAAUUUAAAAUUGAUGUAGGCCUGCAGGAAGAGAUGUUGUAUUAUGGAUACAUCAUUUUGGCACUACAACUUCCAGAAAUCCUUCUGGUGUUAUUGUAAAAGCAGGGUAAUAAUAUCCCAAAUGGAAGAGAGUUUUAUAAGAUCAGAUGAAGAGGCAAUUCUAUAAAUCUGCUCUUUGAGAUUACUAUUCAAAAAGUGUGCUUAAUGGCAACCUUACUUGAAAAAGGACUGAACACAGAUGCACAAUACUUUUAUCUAGGCAGAUAUGAAAUAACAAUCACAAUAAUAAAUGAUCCUUGAGAAGUAUUUCUUCUAUGAAACAUUAACAGAGAAAACACAAACAUCCUAUCCCAGCUUAGUUCAGCGUAGUAAAUCAUAAAUGGGUGGAUAAUUUACUACAGCCCAUUCCUGGCUGUAAUAAAUUGCCUUCCUCCUUUCUUUGUCAAUAUCCCUUCCCAACAACCUUCUUUUUUGCCAAAAUAAACAAAAAGCACCUGUCUAUAGUGCUGCAGCUCACCUGGAAGGGCAGUGGUUUCAAAAAGGUUGUGAACAGCCUUAGAAAUUCUAUUAACAAUCUGUGUGAAAGCACUAAAGUUUAGAUAUUAAACAUGAAAAAAUCAAGUUAGUGCAAAAAUAUAUACCUCAAAACCUCUGAGGAUGCCUGACAUAGAUGUGGGCGAAACGUUAGGAGAGAAUGCUUCUGGAACAUGGCCAUACAACCCGGAAAAUUCACAACAGCCCAGUGAUUCCGGCCAUGAAAACCUUCAACAACACAUAGUGCAAAAAGUCACCCUUACAAAAUGAAUUCUUAUAUAUUAACUAUUAGCCUGAAAGUGAUUUGAUAUCCAUACUAAAAUACAGUAACAGUGAAGUGCUUUUUAACUGCUGUUGCUGCUGCUGCUCAAUCACAUAGUUGUUUCUGACUCUUGGUGACCUCAUGGACCAGUCCACGGCAGAUCUCCCUGUCGGCCGUCGCCGCCCCCAGUUCCUUCAAGUUCAUGCCAGUCACUUCAAGGAUACCGUCCAUCCAGCUUGCCCUUGGUCGGUCUCUCUUCCUUUUUCCCCAGCAUCAUGAUAUUUUCCAAGCUUUCCUGUCUUCUCAUGAUGUGGCCAAAAUACUUCAUCUUUGCCUCUAGUAUCCUUCCCUCCAGCGAGCAGCUGGGAAUUAUUUCCUGGAGGAUGGACUGGUUGGAUCUUCUUGCGGUCCAAGGCACUCUCAGGAUUUUCCUCCAACAUCUAUCUUCCUUCACUCAGCCUUCCUUAUGGUCCAGCUCUCGUAUCCAUAGGUUACUAUGGGGAAUACCAUUGCUUUCACUGUGUGGACCUUCAUUGCCCGUGUGAUGUCUCUGCUCUUCACUAUUGCUGGAGUCUGCCUUGCAGGAUCUUGAGCAUUACCUUACUGGCAUGGGAAAUAAGUGACACUGUAUGGAAAUUUGAGCAUUCUUUAGCGUUUCCCUUUUUGGAUAUGGGGAUAUACAUUGAUUUUUUCCAAUCUGAUGGCCAAUCUUUUGUUUUCCAUAUUUGCUGGCAUAUGGCAUGCAUCACCUUGACAGCAUCAUCUUCCAAGAUUUUAAACAACUCAGCUGGGAUCCCGUUGUGUCCUGCUGCCUUGUUAUUAGCAAUGCUUCUUAAGGCCAAUUCAACCUCACUCCUCAGGAUGUCUGGUUCUAAUUCAUUCACCACUCCACCAAAGCUAUCCUCUAUAUUAUUAUCCUUCCUGUACAGAUCUUCUGUAUAUUUUUGCCACCUUGUCUUGAUCUCUUCAGCUUCUGUUAGGUCCCUGCCAUCUUUGUUUUUGAUCAUGCCCAUUUUUGUCUGAAAUUUACCUCUGAUGUUUCUGAUUUUCUGGAAGAGGUCUCUUGUUCUUCCUAUUCUAUUGUCUUCUUCCACUUCCAUGCAUUGCUUGAUUAAAAAUAGUUCCUUGUCUCUUCUGGCUAACCUCUGGAAUUGUGCAUUUAAUUGGGCAUAUCUCCCCCUAUUACUGUUUCCUUUCUCCUUCCUUCUUUCUUGGGCUACUUCCAGUGUCUCAGAAGACAACCAUCUUGCCUUCUUGCUUUUCUUUUUAUUUGGGACGUACUUUGUUGCCACCUCCUGAACAAUGUUGUGAACUUCUGCUUUUUAAAGCUUUUUAACUGCUUACAUCAAGCUGAGCAACAAUGUCCCUUCAAGUGAUGUUGGGUUGCAAAUCCCAUGACUCCUCACCAUCGGCAAUGCUAGCUAGAGCUGAUGACAGUUACAGUCUAGCAAGAAAUGGCUAAAAAUCACAGAGAUGUUAUGAUAACACCAAUUCUGGGCUUGGAACACUUCUGAAUGUUUGCUGUAUUGCAGCCAAAUUAAAAACCUCUUCAGUUUGCGUAUUUUCAGGAUGUUUUAUAUUUAAUCACAAAAGGUCAUCUGUGCCAACAACUCUAAACAUUGGACUUUUUAAAAAAAAAUGAACUUGCAUACACGAAAUUAACUGAAUCAUAGCUGAAAGAUGAAUGCUCAAUAUUGCAUGUAAUUUUUUGUGGUCUGUUAUCAGGUAACAUGAUAGAAUAAUAUGGUUUCAGACGGAAAAUGUAUAAAUGUAGUUGUCAUUGUGGCUUAUUACUUAUUUCCAUGCUGUUAACACUCAUUUGGCAAAAAGCCUUCCUCUGUGCUACAAACCAGCCACUGGAGGGAAGAUUUAUCAUCUGCUUAUCUUGUCUGAAUAUGUAACAUUUACGUCAUCAUGUUGGUUAAGACUUAAAAUCAGGCUAUGAAGGAAAGUCAGACUUCAGCAAUCACUACUUCAGUGGUUUGAAUAGGAAAUGCUUGAUAUCCAAGUGUGCUGUGGAUUUUCAUUCUGAUGACUUGAUAACAUGGAAGGCUACUCUUCUGGCUCAUUAAUGUGAGGAUUCAACAGAAUCAUUUGCCCUUGGCAACAGGAAACUCUCCAAGAGCCAACAGAAUCCAUCCAAAUCCAUAAGCCUCCGGUGUGAAAGCUAUAAAUCAACUUAUUCAAAGUCUGGAGCUUGAAGAUCAUUCCCUUUUGCUCAAUGACAGAAUCUCUAGUCAUCACUGGCCUUGCUGUAAAAGAGGACACAUAGUAAAGAUCAGACAGCCCAAUACAUGCUUGUGUGAAUCUGAAUCUUUAGAAAGGAUGCAGUUGUGCUGCGAAUCCAUCAAUGGCUCCUGCAUAAAGAGCAGCUGGUCCAUUAGCAUUCGAAUGUCUAUGUAUGUAUCCAUGUUAUGUGUGAUCCUGGGUACUGUGGCUGGCAAUUUGACAGUCAUCAUCUCCAUCGCACAUUUCAGGCAACUGCACACCCCAACCAAUUUCCUCAUCCUCUCUAUGGCCACUGUCGAUUUCCUCUUGGGAGUCCUCGUCAUGCCUUACAGUAUGGUGAGAUCAGUGGAGAACUGCUGGUAUUUUGGAGAGUUCUUCUGCAAAGUCCACACCAGUGUCGACAUCAUGCUGAGCACAGCUUCCAUCUUCCACCUAUCAUUCAUCUCCAUUGAUCGCUACUAUGCUAUUUGUGACCCACUUCGAUACAAAGCCAAGAUCAACACGUAUGUCAUACUAAUAAUGAUCUUCGUAAGUUGGAUGUUGCCCGCCUUGUUUGGUUUUGGGAUGAUCUUUUUGCAGCUGAACAUGACAGGAGCCAAAGAAACAUUCUAUAAAUUCAUUUACUGUGUAGGAGGUUGCUUCGUCUUCUUCGAUGAAACUUCUGGAGUGGUAGCCUCCAUGGUUUGUUUUUACAUCCCUGGAUUUGUCAUGGUAUACAUCUAUGGGAAGAUAUAUACUAUAGCCAAAAGACAGGCCAGAUCUAUCAAGGCUGUGAUGAGCCAAGCACAGAUAAGAUUUCAAAUGAAACAUCAUAUUUCACGCAGCAGAGAAAGAAAAGCUGCAAAGACUUUAGGCAUUGUGGUUGGAGUUUUCCUCACUUGCUGGUUCCCUUUUUUCUUCUGUACAGCCACAGAUCCCUUUAUGAACUAUACAAUACCACCUAUUGUCAUUGAUGCAAUGGUUUGGCUUGGUUACAUGAAUUCUACAUUUAACCCAAUUGUUUAUGCAUAUUUUUACUUGUGGUUUCGAAGGGCCUUGAAAAUGAUUGUGCUGGGGAAAGUUUUUCAGCAGAACUCAUCCAGAAUUAAGCUAUUUUGGGAGUGAAACAUUUUGAAAACUGAGACUUGCUUCAACUGAAAUGAAAUUGAAAUACCAGCUUUAAAAACUGUUGAAAAGAGAAGAAAACAUUGUUUGCUGAGAUUUUGGAAGUCUUAAUCAGCAAAUGAAAUCUCUCUUGUUCCAUAUAAAUUUUAUUUAACCCAUAUAGUCACCCAAAGUUAAUAGGAUUUUUUUAACCAGGUGACAAUAUAAUAUAUUCAUUUUAAAAAGCAGUGUGUCUAAAAUGGCAUGUUGAAAUGAACAAAAAUGAAAACUCCUAUCAUCAGACCAAGACUACAAUUAAGUCUUCAUUUUCUGAGGAAGAAAGGGUUCCAGACAAAGAAUCAGCUUGUUCAUAGAGCAUAUUUCCAUUCCUAAAACACAUAGUGCUCAGAGAGGUUCACAAAAACGUAAUAUAAUCACCAUAGUCAGAGAUAAUGAAAUAACAGCAUAUUUACUGCCACUUCUGCUAACUUUUCUUCAUAGAAUGGCCUAGGCACAUGCAUUUUGACCUUCGCUAGGAAAACGUGUUGAACUUUUAAUACAUUUCAAGUUUUAUCUAACAGAGACAACAAAUGUAGAGUUCACAGUAUUCAAGAACACAAGAUAAAGCUAAGAAAGCUAAGAUAAUAUCCGAAGGUGCAACCUAAUUCAGAAAUAGUUUCUUCUUGUGCUGUCUUACUGGAAAAGUUUGUAGUUUGCUAAAGAGCCUUCUGUUUUCAAAAUAGAUAAUCCCAUAAGGGAGAAUAAAGUUUUUAUGAAGUCCUGUA